AUGAGCGACAACAACAGUAAUCACCCCAGUCCUCCCCGCAGCACCCGCGGCAGAGGUCGCGGCCGUGGCCGUGGCCGUGGAGGAGGCUUGACUACCAGAGAUGGAGUCAAGAAAGCGCCUGGCACAGGUCGACGUGGCCGCCAAAAGGUGUAUGAGAGCUCCCGAGUCCAAGCCGCUCACGAGCGUCAGCGCGACAUCAAGGCCGCGUAUAAUCAAGUCGCAACCGCAGUCCGCGCAGCACUUGAGGAUCUCGCAGACAGAAAUCUUAAUGCAAUGAAGAAGGACCCUGUGGCUCAUGAGAAAGUCGCCGAGUUCCAGCAAGUUACCGAUUUUCUUGAUCAGCGUUUGAAGGAUCGGCAGUCGGAGCUUACCACAGAGCUCAACGAAAACAUCGCAACGCACAACCACGAAUGGAAUGCCAAGAAUGAAUACCUCCGCGGCGCAUUCAAACGCUCAUGGGACGAUGCUACUGAGGACUUUUAUGAUGCCCAGCUUCGUCGCCUUGAUAUCCUGCAGGAGUUAUACAACAAGAGAGAGCCAGUUACCAAAUUGGAUGACAGCUUCGCCUUCCGAGAGAUCUCUGAGGAGCAAGUUGCUAACAAUGGCCCUUACCGCGUCGUCCGUGAUGGCAUUGAGAUCCCUUUUCCUGAUAUCUCUUCUGAUGCGCCUGGUGUGCCCAAGAAAGGCAGAAUGCCCAGAACACCAACUAGUGGCUUUGACGAGAACGAGGCUCCUGAUGUUCCUCGUCAUAUCGGUGGUCUUCUCUCCGCCGUGGCGCCACCCGAAGACCCGGCUACUCCACCCGAGGAUGCAGCGAGCGUGAUUGACGACGAUGAGCCGGCAGCUAUUGAAGAGACAGCUGCCGCAUCCGAAGAUACUUCAGCUCCUGUUAAAAUGAUCACUUAUUGGAUCACAGAUGACGAGAGCGAGGCGGAAGCAGAUCAGGGCAAGAAGCAACCGGAAGCUGAAGAGCCCACUAUCAAACCCUCGACUGACAACAGCACCCCCCUGCCUAAUGACUCCUUACCCCAACAAGAGGCUGUGCCAUCUGAUCUUUCUUCACGGGUUGAGGCCCCUAAAUCAAAGGACGCGCCGGAACCCAGACGCAAAGCACCCAAGAAUCUAGCGGCUAAGAAGAGAGAAGCCAAAGAAAGAGCUGCACAUAUUGCGGAGCGUGUGGCGAGGCGACAUGCCAAGAGAGCUGCUAUGCGAGCUGCCAGGAAUGAAGAUUGGGCCACUCUUAGUCCCGAAGCCAAGAAGGAGAUUUCGAGCAAAUGCAAAGAAAGAGAAAUCAAGUUCUUCAUGCGCAUUGACCAAGACCUUGACACCUUGGACGCUCUCCAAGAUGAGGAGGACGAAGACGCUUUCGAUGCAGAGUUUGAAAAAUGGAAGAAGGGCAAGGAGAAGAAGAGAGACCCUGAGACGGGUGAGAUCAAAUGGGUCAUCAAGACCAAGGAGAAGCGGUACAAGAAAGUCGAGGUUCCCCUUGUCUCAAAAACCACAAUACCAGGCUUGCCGCAUGGCGCAACCGAAGCGGACGAGUCGGACGUCCGUCUUGUGGAUAAACGAGUGCGAGCCAACGACUAUACCAACAAUCGAAUCAUGCUCCCGAGUGUCUUCUGGUUCAAGCCGCAUGAGAUUGGAUAUCGAGAUUCGACAAAUGAUAAGAGCAGGGGUGCUACGAGGGCCAAACGCGGUGCACUUCUAGAUGGACCAAAUUCUACCAGCAUGCAUGUUGAUCGCACGCUUUGGAGCUACGAUGCUACACAGUACGCCGACGGGGACCUCGAUCAAGAAAUGAUCGAGAAACAUCAACUUCACCCCAAGUACGGCCUCUUCCUUCGCGACUCUCGGAACCAAAGCGAGCCCCCGAAGCCUCACAACACUGGCAAGAAGCCAAUUGCUCAUGUCACAACAACUGGUCAAAUUCUUCAUACCUCUCGAUCCGUUGGUCCAGACCGAGCUGAAGAGUAUUUCCGGAAACGGGAGUUCCAGGACAUGAUCUUCGACUUUGCAAAGAAGGAAGACAUUGCUAAAAAGGACCUUGAAGAGCCUAAGCUCUUGAGGCUACGUGAACUGCGUCGCGUCAAGCUUGAGCGUAAAGAAGAUAAAGCCCGGGAGCAGGAGGAUCUUGAGACGAUCAACAAUAUCAUCCAGACUCUCAUCGCAGCUGCCGCCAGUUCCGACGAAGUGGAGAGUAAACCACGAUCACCCGUUGUACAGCAACGGCGGGCUACUAUCUCAAGGGAAUAUGAUGCUGUCCGAGACAUCUUCAUGAACGCGGAGCCGGCCAGUCCAGCGCCUCUGGCGGCUCCGGCCGCUCCAGCGCCAGAUACAUCCAAGAUGGAUGUGCUCGCAGAUACCGCGCUAGAGGCACCUCCUCCUCCCUCUAUCAUUACUACUCCAGGCAUGCCACAGCCAUCCAACAUUCCACCCCGGCAACAGAUUAUGUUGCCAACAGACGGACCUGUUAUCGAUCCAAGACUUGAUGGAUCUCAGCCUAUGCAAUUCAUACCCCAACAACCGGGAGAUCAUAUCCAGCAGCCUCUACCCCUGGCUUAUCCCGAUCACAUGCCACCUCGCGACCAUGUGCAGGUGUAUCAGCAUCCUUCGAACCCUUAUCCGCAACAGCAAGCUCCGCCUAUUGACCGGGGACACCCCGAUCCGAUGAUGGACCCACGUCUGCAGGAUUCACAGCAUCAAGCAGCGAAUGUUGGACUGCAGCAACCAAAUCACUUUUUCCGAAUGGCAUUGAACGAUGCCCCUGAUCAGGCUCCUCCACCGUCGCAGUAUCAAGGCCAGUCCUACCAUCCUCUUGCCCCUGCUCCACAGUAUGGAGGCCCAGCACUGGCGCCGGCCCCAGCACCGAGACGUGGUGGACCACAGGAUGCGUCUCCUGCACGCAUUCCCUUUAGUAGGAAUGCUAGUGGUGUCGAUGAGAGAGAGCUGCCGCCUUUGAGACCAUUCCGUGGUGCCGGCCAGCCCAUCGGGCUAGCUGAGCCGGGCUUGCAGCAACAACCGCAACAACCUUUGGGAGCGCCUCCUGGUGGCCCUUACUACCCACCACCGCCUGCUAUACAGAACGGAUACGGUCCUGAGCCGGGACAUCCCAUGCCUAUUGACACUGCACCUCCGCCUCCCGGACAGUAUCAAGCGCAGCAAUACCCACAACCAUACCCGCUUUCACCGCCUCAAUAUGCGGUCGGCCCAUACGGGCCAUCUGGAUCGGCAGGCUCGCCUCCUCCGAGCGCUGGCCGUUCUGGAGCCACUCCGCCGCCACGGAGAGGCGGGAGUGUGUCUUCAAACCCUCAGAACUCAAAGUACCCCAAGCUCGCGCCAGCACCCAUCCCGGCACACCGACAAUGGAACAACUCGGGGCCGGAGCUGAGAACCGUGCAGUACAACCCGCAAGAGACGAUCCGCGACUACUCGGCCACCGUGCCGCCGCCCAGCCAUGGGCCCACGCAGAUUCGUGGUUGGGCUAAUGUCACGGGCAGCAAGAAGCCGCGUGGCUCCAAGGCGGAGGGGCCGGCGGAGCAGGCGCUGCAGGCUCAGGAGGAGCCGAAGUAG